AUGAUGGAAUAUCUUCUUCGGCCUAAGCUUCGUUAUCCGGCUAUCCAAGAUAGCCUUGAAGUAGCCGAAGCCUUGGAGAUUGUGCUAUCCAAAGCAGAUACCGCGACUUUGGUUCUUCUUCUUGAGAGACAGCUGGUUGGAAAUUUGGUUUCAAUCGAUGAGAAGUGCGUCAUGGCGUUGGUUUCUAAACGAAAUGGGGAUCUCCCAAAGACUGCUAUAGCCGCUACCCUCGACAUGCUUAUGGAACAUAGCAUUGCAAUGGAGAUCAAAGAUCUACACAAGUCGCCUUUACAUGACCUUUAUGCCUUCCAUGAUAGGAUUGAUUUAUUUCAACUCUUAUUAGACCGAAGGGCAGACCCUCUACGAAAGAGCGGCAAAUCUGGCAAGGGAGAUACUCCAUUGGUGCACGUUUCGGAAACAGGGAGCAAGGAACUAGUCCGAAUGAUGUUCAAAAGCCUGGAUACUCGCAAUGAUAUCCCACUUGAGAAGUUGAAGACGGAGCUAGAACGAGCCGAGUACAUGGCAACGUGGGGGCUAGAAAAACGCGCGAAAACCGAUGUGCGACCACUUCUUCGUCGAUAUUACUGGCGCAAGAAGUAUCAAAAUAUGUCUACUGCAAUCAAUACUGUAUCUUCGAAGACGCAGCAGGAGGAGCCCAAGAAGGAAUCCAAGAAGGAAUCCAAGAAGGGGAAGUUGGAGGCUCAGAAAGAGAAGAGGAGGGAAAGGAGGGCUCGCCGCCGCCGUAAGGCUAAAAUUAAGGAUGAAGUGUUAUUUUGGGACCCGAAGUCACUGGUGCAGUUGUUAAAUGUGAUUCGUGAUUAA